AUGGAUUCGGCCAAGAUCUUCGCUUUGGGCCUUGCCGCCGGUCUUGCGAUCCACGUCUUUGUUCGUAACAACGGCAAGGCGCAGUCAGCCAAAAAGGAGGUUCAGGAGUCAAUAGCCACCGCUACCAAGUCGAGUCAGAAGAAUAAGAACAAGAAGAAGACCAAAGACGCCGCAUCCGCACCUGCGCCUGCACCAGAAAAGAAACCGGAGCUGGUCAAAGAGCCUGAACCCGGACCUGCUCUUGCUCUUGCUCUUGCUCCUGCUCCUGUUGCUGUUGCUACCAAGGAGGAGCCAGCUGCACCUGCUACUGCUUCGAAGAAGAACAAGAAGAAGAACAAGACAGUCAAGAAAGAGGAUGGGGAGAGCUACGCAGCUCUUGUAGCGGAAGAAGCCGAGAAGGGGAUCAACGACACUGCUAUUCGAGCGAAAUCCGAUGCGAUACAGACCACUUUCACUGCAAGCUUGGGUGAUAUGAGGGAUGAUCAAGUGAACCCUCUUCCUGCUGGAUACGACUCGUUUGCACGUAUUCCUGCUCCCGAGGUCGAAGCUUCUAAGUCCAAAUUAUCGCAGAAGGAACGCGACGAAGGAUGGUCCAGUGUUCGUAGUGGUCCUUCUUCCUCUGCUAACAAUGCUAAACUCAACGGAGCUUCCUCUAACAAGCCCAAUGGAGCCUCAAACGGAAUCAAGGCUUCGAUUGCCAGCAACAACCCCUUCGCUGCACUCCCUGACGAUGCACCCACAUCUUCUUUUAAGCGUCUUUCCUCCUCCAACAACAGCACCACCAAGAGCAACGCUCCUGCCAAUGGCUGGACAGUUGCUUCCGCCUCCAGCAAGCCUAAGAACAACAGCAACACCAAUGUCGUUGGAGCAGGAGGAGUGGAGACCAAAAGACAGCGUUCAAACGCAAACAAAAAUCAGGCUAAGAAAGCAGCUAAGGAAGAAGCCGAACGAUUCCAGGCGGAAAGGUUGGCCAACCACAGAAGACAACAGGCUUUGGAAGCUAUGAAGCAAAAGGAGGCCGCUAGGAGGCCACAGCCCUCCUCAGCGAAUGUGGCAAGUGCAAAGGCGCCAACUGCUCAGGCAAGCGUUGAUUUGAAUGGGAGGUUGGUUUGGGAUUGA